AUGCGUUCUAGCACGAUGCGUGCAGGUGCAAGUCUCGUCGCUACGUUUGUGGUGCAGGGCGUGGCUGGGUUGAGCUGUUGCAACCAUACCAUCUCUCGGGAUGUUAUUGUCGUCGGUGGUGGUGCUGCUGGCUCUCACGCUGCUGUUUGGUUGAGAGACCAUGGACAGAGUGUCGUCGUUGUAGAAAAGGCUAGUCAACUUGGUGGCCAUACGGCAUUCUACUACGACUCGGCUUCGAAUAAGUCCAUCAACGUCGGUGUCCAGGCAUGGAUGGAGUACAAAGACACCUUUGACUUCCCGAAGCGCAUGAAUGUCUCAACCAGUGGGUCGAUGCAGUUUACCACACUUGAUUACAAGUACGUCGACUUCAAGACGGGCUCGCCGGUGACAGGCUGGAAUGCGCCUUCUUCAGACGCCAUGUAUCCCGCGCUUCAGAGGUACCUCGACGUUCUUGAGAAAUACGAGGACAUCAUUCUCCCAGGCUUCGAGAACUUCCCUGAUGCGGACGCCAUUCCGGAGGACCUGGUCAUGCCCUUCCGCCAGUUCGUCGAAAAGUACGACAUCGCCGCCGCCGUACCCCAGAUCUGGGACUCCACGGCACAGGGCCUUGGUGAUACCAUGGACGUGCCGGCCUUGUUCGUGAUGCAGGCUUCCGGCGUCCCCAUGGUGCGAGCUUUACUGGGAACCGCCGCUGCCGCGGUCCCUGCCUCGGGACGCCUCUACGAAUUGUACGAGAGCGUGGCCAAGUUCCUCGGCGAUGAUGUUAUCUACUCCAGCACUGUCGUCUCUACGGCUCAACGCACUGACGAGGGUGUCUCCGUGAAGGUUGCCGGCGCUGAUGGCACCUUGACUUGCAUCGACGCAAAGCGCCUGCUCAUCGCUUUCGAGCCGACCCCCGAAAGUCUCGCUCCUUUCCGUCCAGACGAGACCGAGAAAGAAGUAUUUGACAAGAUCGAGUUCACCACCGUCUACGCUGGCAUCCUACGUCACCCGUCGUUGCAAAUCAGCACCGCCUACUCCAACAGGUCGCCCGCUCCCGGUUCGACCAACUACACCGUCUUCCCUACCCCCUCUCAGGUGGGUCGCAUCGACUACAUUGGCGGUACCAAAGACUUGUUCCAGUUCACGGCUGUCGGCACGGAUGAGGAUACCUCAGAGAGCAUGAAGGCCGUCAUUGCUGAGUCCAUUGGCAACUUAAUUGAGGCCGGAACAGUCCCUGCUUCAAACGGCACAGUCAGCUUUGUUGCCUUUGCGAACCAUGGGAAGAUGCAUCCUCGCGUUACCGGCGGGGAUCUUCGUACAGGAUUCAUUCAGAAGCAGACAGCUCUUCAAGGCCGCCGCUCCACAUGGUACACGGGAGCAGCCUUCUCUGCAGGCUUCUCGACUGUGGUGUGGGAGUACAACAAUGUCAUCUUGCCCAAGUUGAUUGAGGGGCUGUGA